AUGAAGCGCUCACGAGAGCUCGAAGAAGAUAUAGAUUCCGAUUCUGAACAGACAAACGCGGAACCGUCCCUACGUCCAGUAUCAAAAGUAACUCAGCUUGAAUCGGCCAUCGACGACGAAGAGGAUACCAUAGCCAUGAGGUGCAACUUGCCUCCGCACAGAGAGCCUCUGGCCUUUAGAUCCUACGACGAAUACGAGGUCCAUUACAACAAGUCCCAUACUAAUAGGUGUCUUGAGUGUCACAAGAACUUCCCAAGCGAACAUCUGCUCAACGUCCACAUUGAAGAAUACCACGACCCUCUAGUGAUUGUGAAGCGGGAACAAGGCGAGCAUACUGUGUGUACUAUACCCUGGCUUUCCAUCGACCAUUACGAGUCUGCAACUGACCCCUUGCGCUUCAGUAUUCGUGCUUUGUCGAGGGAUGUGAGCAACUUCUUCUUUGCCGUCACUAGAGACGGUAUUGACGGUAGGCGGUCCCUGCUAAACGAUGGCAGUCAUCAUCGCCGCCGAUCAUCAGCCAACUCGCAAGCUAUAAAGAACUCUAGGCGUCGCGCCAGUCUCAUGGAGGGUGAGAAUGUCUCUUCACAGCCGGAGGACACAUCAAAAGAGGCACCAAAGUCACCAGCGGUGAAGAACGUGGAAAACAAGCAGGAAAAGCACAAGCCAGCCGACACAGAAAUGGCAGAUCUUACAGGUGCCAUGUCGUCACUAUCCUUUGUCCCACCGAGUGUCCGGUUUGGACGUGGAAGAGCUGGCUUUUCCAAAAGAUGA